UGGACUAAAUACAGGGAACAUAGGGAGCGAGAGAAACACAGACCUGAAAGGGGAACAGGCGAAAAACAACAUGACCGAGGAUACGGACUAAUUAACACGGAAACAAGACUGAGGUCAAAGACAGAUCCUACCACAGGGAACUAGACACAAGAGGACGUGCAACGAGAAGAGAAAACCUGAGGUUUGUGUCCACACUAUGAGGAAAGCAGCCCCACCGAACAUCAUCCUAAAGAGAAGGAACCAACAACAGGAGAAGAUGAUCUGCAGGAUCCUGCUGCUCAUCAUCCUCACCUCAUGUGUCUCUGGAUCAUUUGUAGUCAAUGUGACACAGACCUCCUAUCAGGCAGAGGAGAACCACAACAUCACACUGGAGUGGACGUUCACCAAACCUGACAGAUCCACCAAAACCCGUAUCAUCCUCUGUGAACUCUUCGUCAGUGAUAAACUCUCAGUCCUGUAUCAUGUUCAUGAAGGUGUUGAGGUGUCAGAGUCUCAGGAUGCAAAGUUUUCAGGACGAGUCCAGAGUGACAAAGACGCCCUCAGAGAAGGACGAAUCAGACUUCAACUGUCCAGACUCAGGACUGAUGACUCGGGUCUGUACCUGUGUGAGGUCAACACUGAUUAUGGCUUCAGUGUUGGAAGAUGUCGACUCAACGUCACUGCUGCUGAUCAGCUCCGACCUCAGAGAUCAACUUUAAGUGGAGAAGUAAAGAGUUGGGGACAGAACAUGCUGAGCACUAUACAGGGUCUAACAGCACUAACAGCUCCUCUGUCUGCCAUGCUGGCUGCUUUCAUUUGGUUUAUUGUAGGAAGGAAAUAAAAGAGCAAAAUCAAAAAGCAAGUUACCCUCAAACUACAGACUACACGACUCUCUUCCUUUAACUAGUGGCGGAAAAUAAUUUAUGAAAUAAAAUGUGAAAUUUCCUGGUGUUGAAUUGAAGUUAAUGCAGCUGAAAUAAUCAGUGAUCAUGUAAAUAAUGUUGUAGAAUAAAAAAGCUUCUAAAAUGA